AUGCAAUCUUUUAUUGACAAAAGUAAGCCAAUCUUGCAAAAAGCAGUUGCUCUCGAUCGAGACAAUAAAAAAGAUGAAGCUGUGGAGAAUUAUGCGGAGGGUAUCACUUUGUUACUCGGGGCUAUGUCAUGUGAUGACUCCGUAGGAAGUGCCAAAGAAGCUCUGCGGGAAAAAAUUUCAAAGUAUUUGACUAGAGCAGAGGUAUUAAAAGGGCAAAUGAAGCCAGAAAUAGUCUCAGUGCAGCAGAUACAUAUCAUGCAUAAUGAUACUGGUUUUGGAUAUGAAAGAAUUUUUAAACGAUGCGCCGACAAUAAUCUAUCAGAAAUUAAUGUUCGAGAUGCUUACAUUAUGCUUCCUUAUCAAGUUUUGAACUUCGUACGAUUUUGCGAAUUAUUCGUUCUUCAUGCACCAAACUUAAAAACGAUACGCCUGUGGACGCAUUAUGAUGCCAGAGCAGAAGGUUUACUGCAGCAGUUGAAAGGUAGUUUAGCAUGCCGUAACAUUGAACUGGAUAUUUGUUACGACGAGAAUUUUCAUGACCGAGAGAUCAGGUUCAGCAAUGGUUGGAUGGUAAAAAUUGGACGCGGAUUAAAUUAUUUCCAAAGUGUAGGGCAUUGUGAAAUUGGUUCAUGUGAUUUGAACCUAAGGAAAUGUCACGAGACAGUCAUCGAUAUUUUCAAAUUCAAACAACCUUAUUAG